AUGAACCACUUUCCUCACGGCUGGGGCAGACCCAGAGAUGAUGUUUACGGCGCUUACGACUACUCUCACUUCGGCCCCCAAGAUCACUCGGGUCCCAUCCAACAUACUCAGUCGCCCAUCGUUACCGGUACUUCGGUCAUCGGUCUCAAGUACAAGGACGGUGUUGUCAUCGCCGCCGACAACCUAGCUUCAUACGGAUCCCUUGCCCGCUUCACCGAUGUCAAGCGUCUGCGCGUCUUCAACAAGCAGUCUAUCGUCGGCUUUGGUGGCGAUGUUUCCGACAUGCAGUACCUCGACCGCCUCCUCGGCACCCUAAGCAUCAACGAGAACUACCAAUCUUCCGACGACGUCACCGCCCUCUCGGCACAGAACCUCCACACAUACCUCAGCAAAGUCAUGUACAAGCGCCGUUCCGACUUCAACCCCCUGUGGAACGCCCUUCUCGUUGCUGGUCUCGAUGACAAGAAGAAGCCCUUCCUGGCCAGCGUUGAUCUUCUCGGUACCACCUUCAGCGCCCCGACACUUGCCACCGGUUUCGGUGCUCACCUCGCACAACCCAUUCUUCGCCGCGCAGUCCCCGACGAGGAGGCAGCAGCCAAGUUGACCAAGGAAGAGGCUAUCGAGACUAUCAAGCAGUGUAUGAAGGUUCUCUUCUACCGCGACGCAAGGAGUAUGGACCAAUACAGCAUUGCUGUCAUCGACAAUCAAUCAGGUGUUGACCUUAAGGAGGCUGAGAAGCUCGAGGCCCAGAGCUGGGCAUUUGCAGAGGGCAUUAGAGGCUACGGCACUCAAACAGCAUAG